GGAACGUUGAUGUGGAGGUUUCCGCAAAACCCGGACGUGUUUAACGGACGGAACAGUAAAAAGAGGCCGAGGCCUAGUUCUGUGUUUGGUAAGAGUCUCCCUGAAUGUAGGAAUAGAAAACUAGAUAUAGGUAAUUGUAGGUAUUUGCUGGCUGAAUGGUGUCCCAACGACAGGCCCGGGUGUGGCGGUAUGUGGAGGAAGGCAAGCUCCUGAAGCUGAAGUCGUACCUCAAAAAGCACCCGGACCUUGAUGUGAACUUCUCCCAGGGGAAGAUGCGGAGGAGCCCGCUCCAGCUAGCCUGCUCCAUGGAAGACGACGCUGUGCUGCGGCUCCUGCUCAAACGCGGAGCCGAUGUUCUCCACAAAGACCGAGAGGGAAACACGGCGCUGCACAUCGCCGCCAACAUGACGUUCGUAAACAGGAAAACCGCUUAUAAGGACUUGUUCGUACCUCUCAAGGAAAAAUGCCCAGAAGCUUUGAAUACCCCAAACAAUCGUGGACUUACACCGCAAGUCGUGCUGGACUUGAUGAAUCAAUCACAGACUAAUCAAAGCAUGAGUCAUCCACCUGAGGAAGAUCCUGAGCGGUCCUGGAUGGGGAAGCUGAUCGAUGCAUGCGAGGACGAAUGUUUUGAAACCUUUGGAGCAUAUGCUGAUGAUUACCUACCUGUCGACGAAGAGGAGGAAGACUUUGGGGACUGGGCGGAUCGUAUCAGAAGAGAGUAUUUUAACAAGAAACACGCCGAAGCUCAAAGACUGGCAAGCUGGUCUUCCAGGUGGAAAAAAGACAAGAAGAAACAAAAAGUGGAAAGCAAUAAGGAGCUGCAUGAAAGGUUGCAGAGAGAACACGAGGAGUAUCUGGCUCGAGCGGCACGCAAAGAGGAAGAGGUCCGGCAGGGAAAGAAACGGCAGUACGACGAGAAAUGUGCCGCCACCUUCAGCGCAGUCGCCUCAACAUCAGUUGGCACGAAGCUGAGCUACAGCGACAUCCCCUGGCCAGCUCCCAGGGGCACCGUCCGGGAGAUGCUGGACGUGAUGCUGCACGGUGUGGACCGAAAGGACGGGGCGGCGUUUCGCAAGGCGCUCCGGAAGCAGCAGACACUGUGGCAUCCUGAUAAGUUUGCUCAGCGGUGUGAAGCUCGACUGCAGGAGAAGGACAAGCAGCGGAUCCUGGACACGGUGACGGCUCUGUCGCAGGAACUCAACAGCCUGGCUCAGAGUAUGAAAGCUUAGAAAUCAUAAAACUCCUCACAUGUACCAUAUUUACUAAUGUAGUCCUUAGUGUCAGUUUAAAUUCACAGAGAAAUUGUUGGUGUAAAAUGAAGAAAUUCUUUAAAUAAAAAAACACUCGUAUAGAUUACAGGCAGAUUAAAAAGAUUUAAAUAGUCAUCUUUUUUAGGAUGCAAUGAUGAUGCAGCAUAAAUAUGAGUGAACAGGUUGGAAUCAUACAUACAGGAUUAGCUAUUUACAGAGACUCCCAUCAAAAAAGGCAAAUAUGGCUGCAGAGAAGCCAGACACUGACUGCAACAAUUUCCUGACAAUUUCCUCAUACUAUUAGAAAUUGUAUUUAAAUAUAUUACUUUCUUGAUAUGAUUCCAACUUAUAACCGAGUUGAAGUUAGGCCUCGAGAAAUGUUCUUCAAGUUCUACAAAAUCAGUUUUUAAUCAUUUUGAACAAGCAAAGUGGUGGUAGCAUUGUGCUGUAUAUCCUUUAGAGUAUAGAGCUCUGUUUCUCUGAAUUAAAAAAUGUUGUUUUUGAUUAAACUUGUUUUAUUUCCUGACUACAAUAUUUAUUUAAAAAAAUCUAGAGUA